GUUACGUUGCCUUGUCCUAUAAUGAACGAGCUGGACAAGGUCGCGCAAGAUUCGCAUAGCCGCCUAGCUGUCACAACGACAAACGUCCGGAUAUCAGAAACGGUUACACUACAACUAAAUGGAACAAACAGCACAGUAGAGAAGACAAUUUGUGACCGUGCAUGUAUAACGGACAGUCAAUAUAUCGCAUUAUAAAAACACAUUUAAGUAGGCUAUUCUCUCGGACUUCCUCGCGCUUGCCAGGUGAGUUUUGGUGUUUUCCUCAUAUCUUUUUUAUUUUCUCAAACAUAACAAUGUAGGCAAUUUCUCAAUUAAGCCACACACAUCCCCAUCGAUAUUGCAAAUAGCCACAAUGAAGCGUACAAUAUAGUCUUUAAACUGAUGCUUUAGAGAAAGAAAAACGCUAAAUAACCGACAUGAGUUAUUUUUUGUCGGGCAUAUUAGGGUGGUAGCCUAUUGUUAGCAUACUAUUGCGUUAUAUAUCUGCCUCCCGUUUCCUUCUCUUACAUUUUGGCUAUAGGGUUUAGUUCAAGCUUUUAUUGGUAUCAAAUAUGAGUAGCCUAUUAUAUUCUUAGGUCAUAUCUGAUGAGUUGGGAUAUUGAAUCGUCCCUCUGGUUUAGGUUCACUGCGUCUAAUGCUCCCUUGUAUAAAAAUAGCUGAAGCAUCUCAAUGGGGUUCGCGUCAUAAUGCGGUUUUCGAUGGAUUUUUAUACUAGGCUUAUGUUUCGAUGUCUCAUGAAUAAAUCCCUUACGGUGAAUGAGAGCCUAACUCAUUAUGUGCAGUUUGAUAAACAUCCACUUCAAAUAGACAGGAGCUUGUUUUCAGGUAAUCGAUUUGGUGCAGCCCUGGAAUAAUGAAAUAACAAUAUUGGGUGUAGGCCUAUCCGUGCAUCCUAUAGGCCAAUUUAGCCAAUAUUUGGUAGGACUGCCAGCUAGACCAAGACGACCUUUGAUGAACAUUUUUCAGACAUAAAUGAGGUAGUUGUUGAUGUAUUAGACAUUAAGAGUUAGGCCUACACAGAUGCUGAAAGCCUGUAAUUACACCGAUGAAUAAGGGAAACCUAUUAGAAUAGCUAUAAGAGUCUUUGCAAUCAAUCUUUUGUAACUUUUCUCUUUAGAAACCACCAUGUCGCUGUAUCCGUCAUUGGAGGACAUGAAGGUGGAUCAAUUUAUACAGGUAAGAGUCCUACAUUUGUUUCAACACUUCAAAAACACCUAAUGCAUUGUUAUUGAAUACAUGUAUAACUAAUUGGCCUCAUUAUUUUACCAGGCUCGAAGUAGUACUUACUCCGCCAGUCCAACCAAGACACCUGCUCUACCUGCUGUACAGGAUGCCCCCAAUCCAAAUCCUGUGGAGGAAGAAACGGGUAACCAAUUCCUCCCAAAAGUCUUCCAUUAUCAAUAAUGCAGUCUGGAUAUGUUGUCAUGUCUUCAUUUUCCGAUUCUACUAACCUUUUGAUAUCAUGUCUCACAAAUGAUGGUAGAAUUGUAUCCACUCUUAGAGCAAAUGGGAAAUAAUGAUUGAUCGUAGCUUGCCUUUGUUUCUCUAAUUUCACUGUAUCUGUUGGUUGUCUUGCAGGACUCUACCCCAAACUGUACCCUGAGCUCUCAGAGUUCAUGGGGCUGAACCUCAGUGAGGAUGCACUUCGCCAAGCGCUGUCCGUGGUACCAGCAGAAUACUACUCUGGGGUAAUCACUCUCUGGGUCUAUAAUUUGAUAUAAAAUGGUGGCAGUUAUUGUCAGGGGGGAUUUUGUUGAACUUUCAGUCCACAGCCCUAAAAUAAAAUAUAAUUGACACCAACCCUGUUUGCUAUUACUUUACUAUCAUGUCUCUGUUGAAUCUAAAACUGACAAAAUUAACCAUAUAGUAGACGUACAUUUGUAUCUAGUCCAUGGGAUACUGAUGAAUGUUCUCGCCUCUGUGGCUCUUUGAGAGUAACAUGUUGGCUCUGUGUGGUUUCUGCAGGCAGUGGCUCCCAGGACUUCCGCUCUGAGCUACAUGAGCGCUCCGAUCACAGGGAAUGACUGUGGCAUCCGCAGGGCUGAGAUCAGGCAAGGCAUCAGGGAGGUCAUCCUCUGCAAGGACAGCGACGGCAAGAUCGGACUGCGCCUCAAAUCUGUGGACAAUGUAAGACACUGGCACUAUUCAAUGACAUGUCAAUUAAUAUAAAACGAUCCAGUUGGAAAUAUGAACAAAAUAGCAGGCUACCUUAGGUUUUCCCUUUAGCAAGCCUGACUAUAGCGCCACUUUUGUUCUCUAAAUGUCUCCCUUGGAUACAAUUCUGUUGUUGAGAAUCAGUGUUGCUUGGCAGGGUGUGUUUGUUCAGCUGGUACAGGCGAACACUGCCGCGGCAUUGGGUGGCAUGCGCUUUGGAGAUCAGGUGCUGCAGAUAAACGGGGAGAACUGCGCUGGGUGGAGCACGGACAAGGCCCACAAGGUGCUGAAGAACGCCAGCGCAGAGCGGAUAGCCUUUGUGGUACGGGACAGGUGAGCUCCCACCAGCCAUUCAUAAUUCAACUGAGGAUCCAGUUACACCACUGAAUUAUUGACUUGGUCCAUCAUGCUUCUGGAUGAGGACACUGUGUGCCAAAACAUUACUCUAGCUGCAACAGAUAUCAUUAUAGUACUAUGGUGUGUAUUAUAGUGUGCGCAACUGUACAUUUCCUCUGACAGACCAUUUGAGCGCACCAUCACCCUGCACAAAGACAUCAACGGCCAACUGGGUUUCAUCUUUAAGAAGGGGAAGAUCACUUUUAUCGUGAAGGACAGUUCUGCUGCCCGCAACGGCCUCCUGACUGAUCACCACAUUUGUGAAGUCAAUGGGCAGAAUGUAAUUGGACUUAAGGUAAACAAGCUGUCCUGAUUGGUUGCAUCUGUGGUAGGAAGCCAAAUAGCAAGGUCUACUGCACUAAAAACAACCAAUGUUUUCACAUUGUAGGUGACAUUUUUUUAUUUGAAAAUUUUGCAGUGUAUUCAUCAGAAAAUGUGUAUUUUUGUCAAUUUGCUGUUCUGUUCUUUGUGCCAACAAUUGCUUACUUUUCCCCUCUGUUUUUGUUCCUGGGUUCAGGAUCCACAGAUUACAGACAUCCUGAACUCCGCUGGUGGAGUGAUCACUGUCACUGUCACACCCACCAUCAUCUUUGAGCACAUGACAAAAAAGUGAGUACGAUGUAUCAAGUGGUGUUCAGGGAUGAAACAGACACAAAAACCGCCCCAGAAAUCUAAAUUUGACAGAAUAUUGAUUGGUUUUCAACAGUAAUACUGUGACACCACAUAAGGAGUGAAAAUGCCUAUGGGAAUAUGCUAAUAUAAGGCUGUCUUUGGAGGACACUAGUCUCGCGAUCCCAGAUCUUGACACCGUUUUCUCAUUUUCGUUCUGGAGAAACCUAGAUUGGCUUCUCGAGGCUAGUAGGACACUCAUGCCCACAGGAUAGUCUGGGAGGAACAAUCAUUGAUAUACUGUCCAUCUAUUUCUCUCUACUUGUCUAUAGGAUGUCUUCCAGCAUUGUGAAGAGCCUAAUGGACCACUCUAUCCCGGAGGUGUGAGGCCAGCAGUCAUGUGAUAGGAAAUGAAGAGGCGUACCAAUAACAUAUGAAUUGAUGAGAAAUUAUGAUUCUGCUGAGUAACCCCACGUCUCAACGCUGCAUCCUGCGUUCGUGAAACAGACCAGUCACAUAUUCAUCUUUAUGCCCUUACUUCAAUCAAAACCCAUAACCAUGUUUCUGUGUGUAAAAUCAUCUCUGUACAGUAUGUUUGUUUCAAGCUGUAAUAUAAACAGUAACAGUCCAUAUGAAUUCAGACGUCUAUUCCUGCAGCGCUAGAGGAAUUAUGGUUUUGAAUUAACCCACAAAUUCGGAUGAACAGGUUUGAUUUUAUAGGGUCCUGAGCGAGAGACCCCAUCUUGCCUAAUGGAAGCUCCAUUGUAGCCACAGUCUUUGGUUUGAAUGAUGCAUUGAGCUCAUCAUUUAACAAAUAUAAUUCCGUCCUUUUUGUCAGUGGAGAUUACUUUCCUCUUUUAUGACUUUGUAGUCAUGUGACACAAUCUGUCUUCUUCUGUACUUUGUGUUACUUGGAUUGUCUUUUUUCCCCCUCUUCUAUGGUACACAUUUGAAAUGUUUCACAUGUAUGCCUUCUAGUACAUGUUGUAAGCUUUAAGGAAAAACUAUUUACCUGAGACAAAGUGAAAAUGCUUUGGUGUCUGAGGGUAUCCUAACGUAAUAAUAUUCUAAACCAGCCCACAAUAAGAUGUAGAUACUAUAAAUUAAAUUUAGUUUAAUCUCAACUGUAUGAUGUAAUUUUUCUCAAUCCAUUCCUGCAUAUAUUGGUUGGUUAAAAUGCCCUGCAUGAUCUAUGGUCAUCAACAUGUCAUUUUCGCACAAACAAAAUAAUACAUAAUCAAGUUUACUAUGACAGCUACUCAGUGUUACUUAAAUAAAGCCAUACAAACUUUC